AUGUUUUCAUAGUGGUUCUUAUUAAAAAUAAUAUAGUUAUAGGCUGAAAAUCAAUUUGAAAUUGUAUACACUGCUUUCAGUGAAGGAAAUUUUAAUAAAGAGGGUAUAUAAAUUAAUUAUAAUUUAGGAUGGCUCAUUGAAGUCCCCCAUAGCACAACUUUAUUCUAAAAAUGUGGCAAUGAGACUAUGUUUGGAGGUUUUUCAACUUUCUCUAGUGAUACAUUAAUUACUUAAAAUUCAAGUCUUCCUCCUCACUAUCAAGUUAAAGUUUCUUUCAAAUAUUGGAAGUAUAUCAUAACUUUUAUUUUAGAAUCGAUAGUUGGAAUGAUGAAUGGGUUUAUAUAUUCUUUGAUGAUAAAUUAAAAAAAGAAAAGUUUAAUUUGACUGAAGGUUAUCACGUUUGUGGUCUUUUUGGUGAAGAUUAUUUGGAAAAAAAUGUUACUUUUUAAAUCUAAAUGAUUCAUUCAUCAAAAUUUAUUUUCAUAAUAAUAACCUCAAAUUUAGAUUAAAAUGCAUAAAAUGUAAAACAAUGAAAAAUUUAGGAAUCAUGGGGGAUUAACGAUUUUAAAAUUGAAAUAUUGAAAUGCCCAAACGGAUGUAUGUAUUGUUAAGAUGAUAUAUUGCCCUAUGACUUUUGGAUUCAUUUUAAGUCAUUUUGGAUAACUCCAAGUGAGUUUGAUGAGUGGAAAAUAGAUAGUAAUUCAACACUUUCUUCAAGUGUAUGUGCUAGUCUUAAUAUAGCUGGAGGAUAUCUUAAAUUAGGAUCAAAUUAAACAGUUUAAAGUACAAUCUUUAAUUUAACUUCCCAUUUUAUUGUUUAAGUAGAAUUCAAAAUUUGGUUAUUUGGCAAUUGGGAGGUUGAUUAAUUUAUUCUUAAGCUUGACAAUUAAGAAUUAUUAAACGAACAUUUAAAUUAAUCAGCCCAUGAGAUAAAGUGUCAAGGAAUUAAAUAAAAUGUUAGCAUAUUAAAUUUUAGAGAUUAAAUGAAUCAUUCUUAAUCAUCUAUGGGAAUCACAUUUGCCACACUAUCAAAUUCAACUUAAAAUAAAUAUUGGGGAAUUAAUGCAUUUGAUUUAUAUAUCGGAAAAUGUUCAAUUAAUUGUGAAUAAUGCUACGGACCUGGGUAUUAAUAAUGUACUGCUUGUAUUAAGAUUGGGUACUUUUUAAAGGUGAAUGUAUUUAUUACAAUAAAAUUCCCCCCUUAACUUUCGAUCAUAUUAGCAUCGUUUAAUAACUAUCUAAGAUUUCCAAUAAUAUUCAUUCAAUAUAAUUAAAAAGUGAUUAAAUAGAUUAAGAAACCAUAAAAUAAGGUGAAAAUGAAAUCGAAUUUGAUUUAAACAUGUCCAUAUUAAACUUCGAAAUCUAAGCUUAAUGCAAAAAAAAUCUUAAUAUUCACAACUUCAUUCAAAUCUAUAUUAGAUACAAUAAUUAGCAGUAAUAUUUUCUUACUCGUAGCUGCCAGGAGAAUUUACCAACAAUUAAUAUUAAGACAAAUUUACUCUAAAAGUUUGAAUAAACUAAAUAAUUCUUACUUAAUUUAAAUGAAACAAGUGUUGAAUUAUAUUAACUAGUUAUAUUGGAUUAUUAACAAACAAAACUUUUAAUUCUCAGUUUGA